GGAAAGUGGGCUGUGUGUUUUGUGGUGCGGUCGCGAAGCUCCGGCGGCCGGACCGUCUCCGCAACCUCACCUCAUCACACGUUCAGGAUCGCCUCUCACCGUCUUUAUGACAAAGGUGCUUCUAGUCGGCAUUGGACGGUCACCUGUGAGACAGACUGCCUGAAAGCUCAUUUCCUUGAUUCACAGAUCCCACUAGAGAGGGCCAACUCAUCCCGCCAACUCCUUAUCUCACAUCUUCAAACCGACAUCCAACACGACGCACAUCAACCCGGAUCUAUCUCAUCCUCCCCUCAUCUCAAACAAUGGACAUCAAUCAAGCUCCCGUACCAGACAUCCCAUCCAGCCCGCCUCCACCCUUACAGGACGAAGAAGCCCACCUGAAAGCACGCACCUCGGACUCCAAAUUCUGGCUCGACUUCUCCCUCUUUGACGACGGCCUCGACGCCCGGCGCGCAGAGUCCCUCACAACCCUCUCGCACUUCCACCGCUUCCCGGACCUGCCACCAGAGAUCCGCCUCAAGAUAUGGUCCUACCUCAUCGCCCCCCGCGUCGUGACGGCCUGCUGCUUCGAGCGCGACGCGAGGCUGCCCGCCCGGCGUGAGGCGUUUGCGAAGCGCUCUCUCGCAGCACCAGGAGGAGGAAACGAAGAAGCAGAGACAAAGACCAAAGACGACCAGGAGAAACUCGUCUUCAACCCAACAUGCCCCCUCAUCCUCCUCAUCAGCCGCGAAUCCCGCGCCCUCGGCCUAAAACACUACGAACUCGCCUUUGGCUGGCGCAUCUCGGCCCUCCUCUCCGACACCCCCAUCGCCCGCCCCCCGCGCGUCUGGUUCAACUUCCGCCUCGAUGCCCUCUACCUCGCCGGCGAGCUCGAGGCCUACGACCAGUACGGCUUCAACAGCCCCAUGGUGUACUUCUUGCGCAAAGAGGACACGAGGCGCGUGCGGCACGUCGCCUGCGCCUUCGAGGAGCUGCACUAUCCCGAGCAGGAGUCGGAUCAGAUCUUUGGGUGUCUGUGGCACGUUGUCGAUCGGUUCGCGGCCGCGAAGCGGUUGAUGGUUGCUGUUACGCCCGGGGACGAGGAAGGGAUGAAGGGGUGUCUUAUGUUGAGUCCGGAUAAUAUUAUGCAAAAGAUUUGGAACGGGUGGAUUUUGGGGACGACGGUGACGAGUUCUAGUUUGGCGGAUACGCAGAUUCUGAUGGUGCGGGAGGGUGAUUUGGCGGAUGUGAUGGCGUGUCAUGCUGAGGAGGACGAGGAGAAGAGUGGCAAGAUGUCUGUUGCGAGGGUGGGCACCUAG